UGCAAAAUGCAAAUGACCCAGCUGGGUCCAGAAUUUGAAUCUGUAAUUGUUGCUACAAUUAUGUUUUUGGCGGGUGGGGCACUUAGUUUCUUUUGUUGUUUUUGUAUUACACAUGGUUAUCUUUGGCAUAAAAGAAGGAUUUAUAGGAGGAGAUUAAAGAAUGAAUGGAGUGAAGGUACUGAAUCUACUGGGGGUAGUACCGUUGAUAUAUUAACUCAACAAUAUCCCCAAAGAGGUGCUUUACGUAAACAAACAUCUCUUGAUCAACAAAGCCAAUUAAAACGGGUAGUUGUUGUUGAUGAAAAUGGAAGACAUAAUCAGGCAAAUGGAAAGAAUAUAAAACAACAACAACAAAGAAGACAUACAAAUGUUGUUUUUGAAUGUGGAAGCAGUAUAAGCACUGAAGAGACAAACAGUUCCUGA